GGAUGAGUCCCAGGAACUGGUCAAAGUAGGACCACCUCUCAGUUUGACGGUAAAUAUAAAGCAUCAGCUUUACACCAAAGGUCCUUGAGACACUUCUCCAGCAAAAUGCAUCUGAGUCAUUCUCUGCUCAUCGUGCUCUUCAGCCUCCCAGCUUUGCUGGGUUAUCGAGCUCUGUGGCAGUUCAGGUCCAUGAUCCUGUGCACGGUACCUGAUAGCUGGCCAGCGCUGGACUACGCUGAUUACGGCUGCUACUGCGGGCUGGGAGGCUCUGGGACGCCUGUUGAUGAGCUUGACAGGUGUUGUCAGGUCCACGACCAGUGCUACAGUGAUGCCAUGCAGCACGAUGACUGCUGGGCCAUCCUGGACAACCCCUACACUGAAAUAUACAGCUAUAACUGUGACAAGGCCAGCAAAACUGUCACCUGCCUGGAUGACAACGAUCUGUGUGAGAAAUUUAUCUGCGAGUGUGACAGGAACGCAGCCAUGUGCUUCGCUGAGGCUGGUUACAAUGAGGAAAAUGCUGACAUCCCGAGUGACCGCUGCCAGUGAGCUGAAGAGGGCAUCGUUAUUUGAAAAAAUAAAACAUCAGUAAAUGAAUAGAAGUGCUAUUGUUUCCAUAGCAUUUAUUUAUUGUCCAAGAAAAGACUUAAAGACAUACAUGCACGUUUCAUCUAUUUCUGUGACACAUCAGCAUCAGUAACAUCUUUUCCAUCAUUCUGGACUCCUGCCUGCCAUGCAGAGUCUGCCUUGCUGGCGAGGGAGGGGCGGGGUUGUCAUCUCAGGGAGUUCCCCUGUUCCUCAUGCCCUUUUCUCACAGAUGUAGUGGAACUUGAUGUUACAGUCGGCAUCAUUCCACAGCCUGCGUUCACGUCUUUCAGAUGGAUGAAGCUGCCCGCAGUCCUCUCCA